AUGCCCCGCAAAGCUAUUGAUUCCCGUAUUCCGGCCCUCAUCCGAAAUGGCGUGCAGGAGAAGAAGCGGAGCUUCUUCGUCGUCGUUGGCGAUCGCGCAAAGGAUGUCAUCGUCCACCUCCACUAUAUCAUGUCGAGCGUCGACGUCAAGCAGAACAAGUCCGUGCUGUGGGCCUACAAGAAGGAUUUGCUAGGAUUCACGAGUCACCGGAAGAAGCGUGAGGCCAAGAUUAAGAAGGAGGUUAAGCGCGGCAUCAGAGAACCUAACCAGGAGGAUCCGUUCGAGCUGUUCAUCACCCUCAACCAAAUCCGCUACGUCUACUACAAGGAGACUGAGAAGAUUCUCGGUAACACCUACGGAAUGUGCGUGCUUCAGGACUUCGAGGCUAUGACCCCGAACUUGCUUGCCCGGACUGUUGAGACUGUUGAAGGAGGUGGUAUCGUCCUGCUGCUGCUGAAGGGCAUGAACAGCUUGAAGCAGCUCUACACAUUGUCCAUGGAUAUCCACUCGAGAUACCGCACUGAAGCCCACGACGAUGUCACUGCUAGAUUCAACGAGCGUUUUAUCCUAUCUCUUGGUAGCUGCGAUUCCUGCCUGGUUGUGGAUGACGAGUUGAACGUCCUGCCCAUCUCCGGAGGGAAGAGCGUGAAGCCGCUGCCUCCGCCGGAGUCGAUCGACGAUACCAACAUUGGCACAAAGAAGGAGCUGAAGGAGAUCAAAGAGAGUUUGGCAGAGUCCCAGCCUAUUGGCUCGCUGGUCAACUUGGCUCGCACUGUCGACCAAGCGAAGGCGCUCUUGACGUUUGCCGACGCAAUCGCUGAGAAGACCCUUCGGAGCACUGUCGCUUUGACCGCUGCCAGAGGUCGCGGUAAAUCCGCAGCUCUUGGUGUUGCCAUUGCGGCCGCUGUGGCGCAUGGUUACAGCAAUAUCUUCAUCACCUCGCCCAGCCCUGAGAACUUGAAGACCCUCUUCGAAUUCGUUUUCAAGGGCUUUGAUGCCCUCGGCUACCUCGACCAUGUUGACUACACCAUUCUUCAGUCGACCAACCCGGACUUCAACAAGGCCAUCGUCCGUGUCAACAUCCACCGCCAGCACCGUCAGACCAUCCAGUACAUCCAGCCCCAGGAUGCCCACGUCCUGGGUCAGGCUGAGCUGCUGGUGAUCGAUGAAGCCGCCGCCAUCCCUCUCCCUCUGGUCCGCAAGCUGAUGGGACCGUACCUGGUCUUCAUGGCCUCUACCAUUAACGGUUAUGAAGGAACGGGCCGGUCCCUCUCCCUGAAGCUGAUCCAGCAGCUUCGCGAGCAGUCCCGGGGAGGCGUCAAGGUCAGCGGUGAAGAUGAUAUCGACGUUGCGGAUCGUGCCACGGGCAAGGCCGCCAAGAACAUCGACAAGAGCCUGGCUGGACGGUCUUUGAGGGAGAUCACCCUUUCGGAACCCAUCAGAUACGCACCGGGUGAUUCGGUGGAGAAGUGGUUGAACAAGGUCCUUUGCCUGGACGCGACCCUACCCAAGUCCCGCAUGAACACUCAGGGCACCCCUCACCCCUCGCAAUGUCAAUUGCUGCAAGUCAACCGUGAUACCUUGUUCUCCUUCCACCCUGUUUCCGAAAAGUUCCUUCAGCAGAUGAUGGCUCUCUACGUUGCCAGCCACUACAAGAACACGCCUAAUGAUCUUCAACUCAUGAGCGAUGCGCCCGCGCACCAGCUGUUUGUUCUCGUUCCCCCGAUUGACGAGGAAGCCACCAAGCUCCCUGAACCCCUCUGUGUCAUUCAGGUUGCGCUGGAAGGUCGCAUCAGCCGACAGAGUGUCCUCAACAGCCUGAGCCGCGGCCAGCGGGCGGGUGGUGAUCUGAUUCCAUGGCUGGUCAGCCAACAAUACCAGGAUGAGGACUUUGCCGGUCUUUCGGGUGCCCGAAUUGUCCGUAUCGCCACGAACCCAGAGUACCUGAGCAUGGGAUACGGCUCCCGGGCUCUAGAGCUGCUCAUUGACUUCUACGAGGGCAAGUUCACCAGCCUUUCCGAGGAUAUCCCCGAGCCGCAGGAGGAGAUGGUCCGGGUGACUGACGAGGAGCUGACCAACUCCAACCUCCUGGACGACAACGUCAAGGUCCGCGACAUUCACACCAUGCCCCCAUUGUUCGGCAAACUGUCUGAGCGUCGCCCCGACGCUCUCGACUACGUUGGUGUCAGCUUCGGUCUUACUCCAUCUCUGCACAAGUUCUGGAAGCGCUCAUCCUUCUCUCCCGUCUACCUCCGCCAGACCCCCAACGACCUGACUGGCGAGCACUCAUGCGUGAUGCUGCGCACCCUGACCUCCGGCUCCAACGAUGCCGCCUGGCUGGGCGCCUUCUCGCGUGACUUCCACAAGCGUUUCUCGUCUUUGCUGUCGUACCAGUUCCGCGAGUUCCCCUCCGUGCUGUCUCUCAGCAUCUGCGAGUCCGCCAACUCCGGCGCCAAACUCGACCCCUCUAUCUCUCAGAGCCCCCUGACCAAGGCCGAGCUCGACGCCGCCUUCUCGCCCUUCGACCUCAAGCGUCUCGACAGCUACGCCAACAACCUCCUCGACUACCACGUCAUCCUCGACAUGGUCCCCACCAUCGCCGAGUACUACUUCUCCGGCCGCCUCAGCGGCAAGGUCAGCCUGUCCGGCGUUCAGCAAUCCAUCCUGCUCGCCAUUGGUCUGCAGCGCAAGAACCUUGACACGAUCGAGAAGGAACUCACCCUCCCCUCGUCUCAGCUCCUCGCCAUGUUCCUCAAGAUCAUCCGCAAGGUCUCCACCUACUUCCGCAACCUUAUUGAAGGCGCCGUCGCCGAGACCAUGCCCGCAGAGAAGGCCCCCUCCGCUCGGGUCACCACCGAGGCCCACGACGAGCUCCCCGACGAGCGCUUCAAGCCCCUGGAGACCAGCCUGGACGAUGAACUCCGUGAAGGUGGUCAAGAAGUCAACGAGGAGCUUCGCGAGAAGCAGCGCGCCUUGAUCGACGCUCUCCCUCUUGACAAAUACGAGAUCAACCACGGUAGCGCGGCAUGGGAAGAAGCCGAGAAGCAGAUCCGCAGCGGCGGUGCUUCCACCGUCAGCGUCAAAACUAGCAAGCAGACCAAGCGCAAGAAGGGCGAGUCGGCUCGUGAGAUCUAUGACCAGGAGAUCGAUUCCAAGAGACAGAAGAUCAUUAAGAAGGGGACGGAGGGGAAGAAGAAGAAGCAUUAG